ACGUCACAAACCGGCACACCGUCGACGACCAACCGAACAACCACGGUAAUUGAACAGGCCAAUGCCGUGAAGCUACGAGUGAAAGGCUAUGAGUCGCGAAAAGGACCAAUGCCAGGACCGAUCAGUACGAGCCUACCCAGUCCUUCGCAACCCCGAUGACUGUCAACUUCGAAUACUUGGCCGAUCCCUUGAUCCGCCGAAACCAUAAUGCUGAGACGGGCCCAAGCGAACUACCGAUCUCCGUGGUGCGCUGAGUUUAUCCGAAUUUGCCUUCAUCUAUUCUAUUUGAAUGCAAAUGGUCUUCGAGGUUAAUCUUUCCGAUCCUUAUUUAGAAAUGCUUUACGAUAUUACGAUGUAUAUGCCAGUUUCAACCGCCGACAUUGACGUUGCCGGUUCUCGUGGCCGAAACGUAUCUUCGUUACACCGCAUACACCUCCCAACCUGAAAUUUCCAAAAUGCCUCUCCAGGACUACCAGCGCUCCCUCCUCGACCUCGCGGUCAACAACUCCAUCCUUAAGUUCUCCGGACCUUACACCUUGAAGUCUGGCCGACAGUCCCCCUACUUCUUCAACUGCGGUCUUUUCAACACUGCUUCUCUCCUUUCCGCCCUUGGGUCUGCCUACGCUCGUGCAAUUGUUGACUCUGGUAUUCAAUUCGAUGUGCUCUUUGGCCCUGCUUACAAGGGUAUUCCCCUCGCUGCCAUCACUGCUGCCAAGCUUGCCGAUGUCGGAGGUGGCAAGUAUGCUGAUAUCGGAUAUGCUUUCAAUCGCAAGGAGGCCAAGACCCACGGAGAGGGUGGAAAUCUUGUUGGUGCUUCCAUGGAGGGCAAGCGUGUUCUUGUGAUUGACGAUGUCAUCACUGCUGGUACUGCUAUUCGUGAGGCUGUGGAGAUCAUCAAGGCUGCUGGUGGUACUUUCUCUGGUGUCUGUGUUGUAUUGGACCGUCAGGAGAAGGGUGCUUCCGGUGACUUGUCUGCCAUUGGUGAGGUCAGGAAGGAGUUUGGUGUUAAGGUUUCUGCUAUCAUCACCUUGGACGACAUUGUCGAGUUCACUCAGGACGCACUGGAACCUGCCCAGGCAAAGGAGAUGCAAGAGUACAGGAAGGCAUGGAAGGCCGAGGGUUUCGCUUCUGCCCACGACCCUUAGACAAACAAUCAUGGAUAACAUACAAUAAAAAUAAAUUCAUAAACUCCAGGC